AUGGCAGACAAUAGUACGACGUGGGAUGCCUCCGGUGUCGUAGCGCAAGCCAAGGCGCUGAUUCUCUCGAGUAACUACAUUAAAGUAGAAGAUGCGCGGAAAGAAGUGGAUGACACGCUAUCUAGAUGGGUGAGCUCCGUUCAGGCAAUGAGCGACGACCAGGGCGUUGGUCAAGGCAAAACUGCUGUCGUGGCUCUCUGGCGUCAAUAUGCAGCUCUGGAAAUGGAGCUGCGGCAGUUUAAACAGGCAACAAAAGUUUUUGAACGAGCUGUGACCUGUCCCGUCGCGGGCUCCAGCAUGGCAUUGUGGCUACAAUACGCUGACUUUUGCGUGGAGAGGAAACGGUUCUCUAAUGCCCGUAAGGUCUUUAUUCGGGCCUUGGAGGCUUUACCCGAACGGGAACAUACAGCCAUAUGGGCUCGAUUCUUCGGCUUUGUCUGUACCCAUGUGGAUGGGACGCUUUCGCUAGCCACGUUGCAGCAUCAGGUUAUGCCCGACAAAUUUCCGAAUCCUGGAACUUCAAUAGCAAUUGCUCCCUCCGGUCCUUCUGCUUACACAACACCUCCUGUGGCAGUUAGUACACUGACAAAUCCUUUGAAGCCACUUCCAAACACAUUGCAGCCGCUGCCAUUGCAAGCGCAAGCAAAUGCUUCAACAAGCCAACCUGUGUCAGCUGUUGAUCCAGCUGUAGCUUUUAUUGAUACUACUGGUGAAGUCACGUCAUCGCCGUCUCCUCUUGCAGUCGACAGUGUAGGUUUAUCAAAGCGAAAGUCGGUAGAUUUACAAAUUGAUAGCGACGCGAAGCGUGGAAAGUCAAAUAGCGCCAGUACGGCGACGGCGUACUUUGUGCAUUUGCCACUAACGCUCCCGUUUAUCCCUAGCUGUUCUCGUUUGUUAUUUGAUAGCGUGGCCGAUGGUGAAGCUCAGAAACAGAUAGGUAACGAGCUCUUGGAACGAUUGUCAGACGUUCUUGGCGAUAGUGCCGUGUUUGAAGGGGUACGUGAUCUUCGUGACAAUCAGCGCAGUCGGGAUCGUGAAAUGCUAUAUCGCUGGCAAGAACUUGUUGGCAUGCAGAUGAAAGAAGGUAGCGAAUUGUUUGCGCGUCACAUGGCAUUGGAAAUGCAGCACGGCUUUUCGGACCCACGUGGACUGAUUGCUUUAAAGACACAACAUUUAGAACAACGCCGCGAAUUUUCAAAUCGAUGUCAAAUGUCACAACAACAGUUUGUUGAUAUAUGCGCCUUAGACCGUGCUGAUGCCUUGAAAGCCCAACAAAUUUCUCUUGAAAAUAUGAAAAUUCCGGAAAUGACCGUCACAACCGAUGCUGAUGCGAUUACUUUGCAGCGUGGUAUUGUAGGUUUGAUUUUAGAGGCUGAAAAAUUGUGGCGUGAGGAAAACCAGCCGAGUGUGGAUGCUUCUAACAAGAAAAGUCAACAGCCCCCAGUUGUAUCCUCAAGUCGUGGUCCAACGAAACAUAGGCGAGAUAGUCAAGACUCGACAGCGUCAAAUCACUCUAGUUCGCGUAGUGCUAGUGGCGCUGGGCCGCGUGGCAGUAGUCGACAAGAUUUACGCAGCGCUCGCAAUCAUGGCAACAAUAGUACAAAUCGUCGCCGCGAUCGAGACGCGCGUGGGGGUCGAGGCCGCUCGAAUAAAUGGGACAUUCAACCCCCCCAAUCAAAUUCUCGCUCUCCAGCCCUUGCAUCACCGCAUACCCGUUAUGAGUAUGCUGGACCAGAUCAGCAAAUGCCAUUAUAUGAUCGUGGGCCGCAACAGAUGCAGGCUUCGCUGCAGCAGCCUCGCCACUUUCAGCAGCAACCAUUCGGAGUACCACCUUACCAUGAUUAUGGAGGGCGGCAAGGUGCCAUGUCGGAACAGCAAGGGUAUGUGUUACAGCCCACAGGCCCCUAUUCGUCUGGCCCGCCAAAUUCUCUACGUCCUCGUGGAGAGGGUGAUUGUCUUGUAGGACAAGGAGGGCCUUCUAGAGGCAGCGCUGCGUGGCCGCAGCAGCAACCGCAGUCGUUUCAUCAGCAACCGCAGCCACUUCGGCAACACACAGGUCCUUUAAAUGAUGGGGAUGACUUUCGUCCUCCUUAUGAUCCUUCCCUGUCUCGAUACGGAGCAGCUUCAGGCACUGGACCUCUUCCUCCGUCUCGGGAUGGCCCUGAUCCCGUGCCGUACGGAGAUGGGCGUCGUACCGCUGUGCCAACAGCUCUCUACUACCAUGAGUCGCCAUCGCAACAAUCUCCUUACCACCCACCGCACCAGCAUCCUUCGCAGCAGCCAUCUAUGCGCCAUGAAAACUACCCUACUUUUUCGUACGACCAGUAUGGCUUUCCCCAAGGCGAGUUCCAGCAGCGAGGAGGCCGACCGGUGGGCAGUUACGGUCCAGGUGAACCUCCGCAAGAUAUGAUGACACAUCAUCCACCACAGCAGCGAUAUCAGCAGGACCAACUACUCCCGUCGCCAGCACCUGCUGGGAUGAAUUCAAAUCGUCGUAAUCGACGUGGUGGUGGGCGUUAUCGUCGGUAA